CCAGUAAGGCAAACAAUUUCAAACAAUUCGAUACCCAGCACUCACUCACAUUGUUGUAUAAUUUUGGCCAACCAAAAUUCCUGUGAAGACAAUUGAAAAGGAUUGCUAAAGAAAUCCUCUUCCAAAAAAAAAAAAAAGAAAAACAAUGCCGGAAACGAGAAAGAAGACGCACUGUAGCCCGAGCAGUGGCCUCGACCGAGCGGAUGGUGAGGACGUCGUUGCAGUUGCCAAUCGUCUGGUUGUUCGCCACCGCAGUCCCGCCCACCGGCGGCCACGCCCCCAACGCCAGCAAGGUCAUCGGGAUGCCACCGGCUUUACGGCCAACCAAGAGGUGCAGCUGAAGGCCGGCGACAUGCGAAUGGCCCGAAUGCAGAUCGGUCUCUCCCAGCUGCGCACCGAAAUGGAGGAGUCGAGCAAGCAGGUCAGGGAUCUCUGCAAGGCGAUGCGGGUCCACAUGGAGGCCGAAUAAAAUAUCCUGCACAUGUCCUGAAAAUCAGAAAUAAGAAAAUACUCUUUCAACUGCGCAGAAAUGCAGUUUAUAUGGAGUCAAGUUUGCUGCUUAUUUAUGCAUUUUCGUGUUCAAUAAAUUCUGUGACUUUCUUCUGUUUGUAAGCCGAUACCUAACUUGGAUGGCAGAAAAUAAUUUCUUGGUUAAAUAAAUAUAUAAAUAUAAAAACAUUUAA